GAUAAUGGAGCAGAAGAUGAAGGAGGAGGAGGAGAGGAAGAGGAAGAAGGAGAUCGAGGAGAGGAUGUCUCUGGAAGAGACCAAGGAGCAGGUGAGAGAGUUUGGAGGGGAGGACGACUCUGGAAGAGACCAAGGAGCAGGUGAGAGAGUUUGGAGGGGAGGACGUCUCUGGAAGAGACCAAGGAGCAGGUGAGAGAGUUUGGAGGGGAGGACGUCUCUGGAAGAGACCAAGGAGCAGGUGAGAGAGUUUGGAGGGGGGGACGUCUCUGGAAGAGACCAAGGAGCAGGUGAGAGAGUUUGGAGGGGGGGACGUCUCUGGAAGAGACCAAGGAGCAGAUCACGAAGAUGAGGGAGAAGCUGCAGCUCCUGCAGGAGGAGAAGCACCAGCUGUUCCUGCAGCUCAAGAAGGUCCUGCAUGAGGAGGAGAAGAGGAGGCGCAAAGAGCAGAGCGAUAUGACCACUCUGACUUCUCAAACCUACCAGCAGGGAAUGCCCCUCCAUUCCAGCCCACACCACCUGAUCAUGCAGGGGAGUCCAGUGAAUCACAGUCGCUCCAGCGCUCUCCCCAGUGAACGCAGUAAGCAGCUCUUCCAGGCGCCAGUCAUUUCGGGGCGUCACUACCAGAGCCAGCCAGGCUUCAGUGGCGGAACCGCAGAACACGGGCAGUACCAGAGCAGCCAAUCAGCACACGGCACCUAUAGCGUGAGCCAAUCACAGCACGCCUCUCAAUACGCCCCCGGGCAGCCUGUGCCAGUGAGCUAUGCAGGGAGCCCCCAGCUUCGAGGUGCCUCUGCGUUCCAGACGACGCAGUACCUCCCUCACCAGCAGGGCGGCUACACUGUGCACAGCCACUUCACGCCCCAGCAAGCAGGUUUUAUUCAGACUGCAGGGAUCCCCCUACAGAAGCAGCUGGAACAUGCCAACCAGCAGUCUGGCUUCACUGACUCGAGCACGCUGAGACCCAUGCACCCCCAGGCUCUGCACCCCGCUGCUGGGCUGCUGCCCACCCCCCCCAUUACCGUGCAGAUCCCCCCGGCCAAGCCGGGCUUGCCCUACGCCCACCCCCCUCGCCCCGCCUCUCCAGGGAGUUUCACCCACGGGACCCCCCCUCAGCCCGCACACUCUGUGACCUUCCAGAGCUCCCCACAGCCCGCCCCUCGCCACGCCUACAUCUCUCACAGCCAACCGGGACAGCGCUUCUACCACAAGUAACCGUGGCAACAGAGAGAGAGAGA